GGGAAAUAAAUCAAUAUGGCGGACGAAGAGAGUUUAUAUUUGGAUAACUUGGACGAAUUUAUUAACGAUCAAGACAAAGUUGUAACCUAUAAAUGGCUCAGUCGAACUUUAUCUGUCGCAUCCAACACUGCAAAACAGAUGCUUUAUGCUUUUUUAUUAAAAGAAAGAGCAAAGAAGAGCAAUAGUUUGACAGCGACCUAUUUAGUUGGAGGAAGGUGUAAGGUUGAUGAUCAAUUGGUUCACCAAUAUGUUUUAACUAGUGAUCACAAGCUUGAAGAAACCAAAAAGCAGUUUGAAUGCGUAACCUCUGUACAUGUAUACAGCCUUCAAAAGAAAACCCCAAAGGACAUUAACACCCUUUAUACUGUUGAUUAUGAAAUUCAACAAGAACACAAAGAUGAACCCAACAAAUGGAGUCAUAUUUAUUGCAAAGAAGCAACAAAACGUAGUGACGGAGGAGCAAACCGAGGAACCUCCCACAGCAAACCAGGCAAAGAAAAUGCAGUUCCAAAACCUGAGAUGACCAAUGGAUUAGGUUCUUCAAGUUCAAUGACAGAUAAACCUAAACCCAAACCAUCAAACCAAAGAUCAAAGAAAGGACAACUUCCAAACAUGGGAAUGUUUGCUGUUAAGACAGACAAAAAACCUGAACAACAAAAACCUGAUGAACCAGUUAGUAAUGCUGUUUCAAACAAGAAGGAAAAACCAGCUAAACCAGCUGAGAAAUCAAAGCCAAGUGGAAUGAUGUCAUUCUUUGGAAAACAAAUAUCAGAACCAACUAAGAGCAAAUCUGAACCCAAAGAAGAGCCAAAAGAAAAACCAAAAGAAAAACCUAUAGAAAAAGUAGAAGAGUCAAAAGAAGAAUCAGAAGAAAAAUCAGAAGAAAAGCAAUCUGACCACACCAAAGAUAUCAAAGAAACCUCAGAAAACAAACAAAAAUCUAACAAACCUACAAAACAAACCAGAAAAAGAAUAAAAAAUUUGUCAUCAUCAGAUGAGGAAGAGGAUCCUGUUCCAAAAAGCUUUAAGAAAUUGGUGUCUGAUUCUGAAUCAGAAGAGGAAAUUAAGCCCAGAAGGUCAAAAUCAAAGAGUAAAAAGGAAAAGGAAAAAGAAGUUGUAAACAAAAAGACAACCAAAAGAGAGACAACAAAGAACAGCAAAGAAGCUACACAAGAUGAAGCCAAAGACAAGACAACCAAAACAAACCGUAAGAGGAAAAAAGAAGAGAAGGAAGAGAGCAGUGAAGAAGAUUCCAUCAAUUCAAAAAGUGACCACAGUACUGUUGUAAGUGAAACACCUAAUCCCAGCCAAAAACCAGUUGAUAAUUCAACAAAGAGAAGAAAGAGAAGGAAGGUCAUGAAGUCAAAAACCUAUGUAGAUGAUGAUGGCUUUAUGGUCACAGAGAAGGUAUAUGAGAGCGAAUCAACUGAUGCAAGUGAUGAAGAAGAAAUUAUGGAAGUUAAACAAGACCCACUUCCUGUACCUCACACUAUUAAGGGUACCAGCCCAGACUCAAAACCAAACAAACAAAUGGACCUAAAACCAGUUAAACAAGCUUCUUUGAUGAGCUUCUUUAAGAAAAACUUUAACUUUCCCAUGAACGAAGCUUCUCUUCUAAGCCGACAGCUACAGAACUUGAACGAACCAAUGGAUUUUAAACAUUUUCAAGGCUUGUACUACGCUAACCAAGCUGCAGUCCCCACAGCCCCUCCAGCCCAUACUGUACCACAACAGUCUCUUGAUGAUGGAUGGAUGAACUCUUUCAAUCAAGCCGAUCUUCUAGAUACCACUUCGAUGUUUGGCAAUGAUUACGAUAUUAGCCAAAUGCAAGACGGCACAACCUCUGACUAUGAUUCUGAUGUAACUGAGAUAUUCGAUGGAAUCGUCGAAGAAAAGAAACCAGAGCUUUCUUCGACAAAGAAAGUAAUGGACUUCCAACCCGAAGGUGAAACUCUUGGCUUGUCAGAUGAUCAACUUGCAAAGCUGAUAGGGAAUAUUCUUAACGGAGGUGGAAACCAGAUUCCUGAUCUGUCAUUCUUGAAUGACUUUACAGAACUGGAAGAAGUCAAGAAAGUCCUGAACACCAGUCAACAACAGCAACCUUUCCAAACCCCUUUACAGGCAUUUCAACAGAGCCCUCAGCAGACUUUCUCAAAUCCCAAGGUUGAAGAAAUGGUGAGCCACCAGCGUGCCUUGAGUCCUGCUUCAGUGACUGAAACUGCCUACAGUCCAUGCUCAAGCACUGACGAAGGAAUCGAAAGUGACUUUCAUAGUGACAGUUUGAGCAUGUGUAGUGGAGGGUCCCCAAUGCCUAAUCCAUGCAGCCCUCUAUCUGACGACAACUGUAAACAGAACAUCUUGACGCAAGUGGUUCCUAAUGUGCUAACCCAACAAACUGGAACUACAGGAAGAAGAAAGCGAGGGCCCAAGCCACCAGCCAAGUACAAUGGAAAUGGACCGAUUCAACUCUGGCAGUUUCUGCUUGAGCUUUUGCUUGACACCAARCAAAAAGGCCUGAUCAAGUGGACCCAUGAUGAAAGAUUCGAGUUCAAACUUUUGAACCCAAACCUCAUUGCUACGAUGUGGGGCAAGAGAAAGAACAAGCCCAGCAUGAACUACGAAAAGCUGAGCCGAGGACUCCGAUACUACUAUGACAAACAUAUUAUUGAUAAAGUCCAUGGCAAGAGGUAUGUGUACCAGUUUGUGUGCGACAUUGAAAAGAUCUUGGGUUAUGACCCAACAGAGCAGAAGUCAGAUGAGAAGGUGGAAGAUGCUGUCUGUGGUGAGUCUGAAACUACUUCAGAUUCCCAAGACUUUAUCACUGACCACAGCCCAGAGAGUCUUGAUUCUGGGAUAACCGAUUGGCCUGAUUUCACGGCCUACUUUAACCAGUCAUAAUCUCUCUGCUAUUUUUGUUGAUAACCCCCCACAGUUGUGAAGUUAUUCUCUACUUGCUGUUGAUGAUCCAUGGUAUUAAUAUAUGAUUUUUUUUUUUGUAUUUUUUUUCUUAGUUGUAUUUAUGACAUUUGAAUUUUUUUGUAGCAAUCUUAUCUUUUCUAAAGAUUUUUAGUUCAUUAUUGAUAGUUUUUGGCUCAUCAACAGCAACUGAGUAUGACGAAAAGUAGCUUGCAUCAAGCGAUGGUCUUACGUGACCAUAUUAUCCAUCAUUCUCAAGUAUUCAGAAAGUCUCCCAACAAUUUUUAGCCCAAAAAAAUAACUUCAAAAUUUAAAAACGUUUCUCAUGAUUUGAUAAUUGUCGUUUUUUUCACAUCAAUAUGCUUUCUUCAUGCUUGGGAAUGUUUUUUUGGAGAAGUGACAUACAAUGUAUGUCCUUCUCUAAAAUGUUACCCUUUUUUCAUGACCUUGAAGAGUUCCACUAAGAAAUUUAUGUAGUUAAAAACCUUGGAACUGGUUUCAAGCAUAAGCUGAGUUUUUGUAGAUAGGUUUGCAGUUACUGCAUCCUAUUAUUGAUAGUUUAUACUCAAUGUUGAGUAUUAUAGCUGAUAGUUAGAAGAAGAAAAAAAAAAGAAAAAUAUGUAUUAAAAAAAAAGGAUUUAAAAAAUUUAGAUCAUAUUGGUCUUCACCUUACCCAUUAUAUGGGUGCCUAUUGCAAACACAUUAAUACAAAGUUAUAUAAAAGGUACAGUAUGUACCAGCUUAUCAUGGUUUAUUACCAGUAUGUAUGUAUAUGUUUCCAGUAUAUCUGUGCUAAAAAGUUGUAGAUUUUACAGUUGUAAAAUUAGAGUUGAAACAUUUUAAGAAACAGAUUAUAUGGUUGUUAGCAUUCAGGUAGCAUCACGUAUGUUGUAAAACUUAGGAUUGAAGCUACAAAUAAAAAUGUUAUAAAGUGUAAA